AUGCAUUUGACAAGUCUUCAGUCAAGUCGCGACUUGCGAGAUUUUAAUGACAGAAACCCUAAAAUUAAAUGUAAUCUAAGAUUAAGUCGAACCCGAACUAGUUCGAGAUCAUGGGAAAGUUUAAAUCAACGAAAUCCUGACAGACGACGACGAAUUUCUCUCGACAUCACUAACAAUAUUGGAUGGGCACGGUUCGAACAGCAAGCAACAAGCACAGCACAGUGCGACGCUCAAUUUAAAUUAGAAACCAAAGUCUUCAAAAUUAAAGAUUCAUUUUCAAAUUACCUUAAAGUAAAAAAGGAAAAUGUCUCGAUUGCUAUUGAAAGCGAAACAAAAGCUUUCGCCAAUAAUUCACCGUCACAUGAAAUUGCGAUUGAAGUGGAUGGAUUUUUAAAUUUAGUUUUAGGAAAAAGUGUAGGCUCAGUUAGUCCCACAAUGCAACAACAUUAA